AUGGAAACCAGAGCUGCAAAGAAGAGAAGGCUGAUAGAGGAAGAAAACAAACGCAAUAUUGGAGGAGGCAGGGACAGGUUGAGCGAUCUCCCAGAUGAUAUAGCGCACCGGCUACUCUCCUUCUUACCUACUACCAAAUCCGUUGCAAGAACGAGUGUUUUAUCUAAAAGGUGGAGAUAUUUAUGGGCUUGUUUUCCUAUCCUCAACUUCUCCCAGGUUUAUGAUCCUUGGAUGACAGACAUUAUAGCGACUGAGGAUAUAAUAUCUGCAGUACUGUCUCGCCGCCAUGAAAACUCUAAUAUAAAGUUUUUUGGUUUUAAGGGUUAUCUGAAAGCUCAAUGGUUGCAUGAUUGGAUUCCUUGGCUGGUGAAGCAUAAGGUUGAAGAACUUGUGCUCCAUAUCUUGUCCGGUACUGGCAUGGUUGAUUUUCCUCCUCCCUUAUUGCAGUGUGAUUCACUGAGGAGUUUCACAUUGGAAGGCAAAUGCCCUUUCCUUCGGUUUUCAUCUUCUUAUGUUAAGGCCACCAGCGGUCUCCCCAACCUUCACACUUUGUCUCUAACUGGCGUGGAAUUCUCGGAAGAUGAUUUAUUUUCGGAUUCUUCAUUCCCUUUCCUUGAGAAAUUGACUAUAGACGAUUGUGUUGGAAUAAUUCAUCUCAAAAUAUGUUGCCUGAAGGUCAAAGAUCUACAAAUUUACAGAAUCCGGAGGAUGAAUAGCCUGGACAUAUCUGGAAUGAGUCUAGAGACUUUGAAAAUCAACAAUUGCUUCAAAGAUAUGCGUGUCAAUGAAUCUUGUGUUAAUGUUUUUGCUCCCAAUCUACAAAGUUUUUGUUGGGUAGGUAGCAACUUUGCUGUGAAAUUUUUGAUUCAGAGCUUUCCGAUCCUCCGGACAGCUCAAAUAAAUUAUCACUUCCCAUUCACUAGAAUAAAGACUCAGUGUGCUGUCAAUCUUUUUUCCGCAUUCUCCCAAGUUCAAGACCUUAGUCUAUACCAUCAGAUUUUUAAGAUUUUAUCAAAUAUAUAUUUUGAACUCGGAGGUCUACCAUGUUCAUUCAAGAACCUCAAGACCUUAUAUAUUAGUACCAGUUUGAGCAAAUCUGAUAUCCCAGGUAUAGCAUGCUUAUUCAAGAGCUCCCCGGUUGUCCACAAACUCGGAAUUCGGAUAUACUCUUCUCGUGGACCAGACAGUGAUAAAUGGGACAAUUAUUUGUUCAAUGGCCGCUACACUGAAGAGCAAUUCUGGGAAGCUCAAGCUCAAACUCUGAAUCCCCUCCUAUGUCACCUAGAGGUAGUGAAAAUUUGGGUUCCCAGCAGAGACAUUGACCACGAGCGUGCGAUUAACAUGGUAAGGUUCUUGCUUGAACAUGGAAAGAACUUGCAAGAAAUGAUUAUUGCUCCGGAAUAUCCCCAAGCCUACUGUGUACCUGGUUGGAAGAAUAAAAUUAUUGUUGUAAUAGAGGGACUUCCUCGGGGAUCGGCUAAUGUCAAAAUCUCGUGCGUAAAAUGCUGA